AUGGCCCACCACAAUGUCAGUUUCCAGCCUGAAUCCUCAGCACCACGUUCGGACUCCAAGGAAGAAGCCGUGGAUCGCAAGGAAGAAUCAGCCAGUACUGAACCCAACCCCUUAGACUGCGUUAUCUGCUUCACCCCUUAUGACCAGCUCUUUAAACUGCCAAAGGAGCUGAGCUGCAGUCAUGUCUUCUGCCUGGAGUGCCUGGCCCGCAUCAAUGUCUCUUCAGAAGAUGUCAACGCCAUCACCUGCCCCGUCUGCCGGGCACCCACCGUCUUGCCCCCCCGCAAGGGCCUGCCGGGGCUUCCCACCCGCCGCGACCUGCUGGAGCAGCUCACGGCAAUGCCGGUGCCCCCUGGCUCGGUGCGCUUUGAUCGUCGGCGGGGUCUGCUCUACUUGCCAGGGGGGAACAAAAGCGGGGCUCAAGUUGGAACGAAGCCAGGACCUCCGCUCAACACUGUCAGUUUGAGUGUCGAUGUCGGGAGGCCCCCACCCCCAGGAUCAGCCCGGAGACUGGCCAUCUCGGGCUGGCCGUUCUAUGCCGCUCUGUCGGUCGCUUUGCUAGUCACCGUCGCCCUGAUAGUCUGUGGCAUCUACAUCUUCAUGAUGCCUUCUAUGUACAUUUCAGUGGGAGGAUUUCCCAAAGGGAACCACAGCUCGGCCUUUGGGAGAAACGAAUCUAGUCCAAUAAGCUCUCCCUCGCCCUAA